CCGUCAUCGACGGGUGCGAUGUCUCGAGUAUGUCCCGGGAGCAGCUGGAACAGUUUGCUCUCAAACUGCGGAACGAGAUGGAGCGCGAGCGGGAGGAACGCAACUUUUUUCAGCUCGAACGGGACAAGCUCCGUACUUACUGGGAGAUCACUCGCAAACAACUGGAGGAAGCGAAGGCCGUCAUUCGGGGGAAGGAGCGGGACGUGGAGGUGGCCCAGGAGCUGGCGGAUCAAGAUACGAAAAAUGUGAUGCAAGAGAUGAAGCAUCUGCAGUACGAGCACCAGUCGCACAUUGGUGAGCUGCGAGCGGAGAUGAUGACACAGCUGAAGAUGGCCCAGGAAGACCACACGCUGCAGGAGCGCGAACUGUUGAACGACAAGCGUGAUCUGAAGCGCCUGCUCCGGGAAAAGGAAGAGAACGCCGAACUGGAGAUACAGCAGCUGAAGUUGAAACACAGCGAGCUACUGAGCGUAGAACGAGCCAAGUUUCAGGAGGAAAUCGAAGCAAUGACGAAGCUGUUCGAACAACGCCUUGCAAGCUACAAGGAAGAGGCUGAAGUACGGCACGAGAUGGAACUUUCGGAGGUAGAGGAGCGCAAAAACAGUCAGAUCGCGGAGCUAAUAAACACGAACGAGCAGGCGUACCGGGAGAUGAAGAGCUACUACAAUGCAAUCACGCAGAACAACCUGGCCCUCAUCAACAGCAUGAAGGAAGAGAUGGAAGAGAUGCGACUCCAGUCGGACAAGGACCUGAAGAGCUUCACGGAGGUGAUGGCGGAGAACAAGCGGUUGACGGAACCACUCAAGAGCGCCCAGGCCGAACUGGUGGAGCUGCGCAAGAAGCUACAGUACUACGAUCGCGAUAAGGCCACACUGAACCGGGUAAAGACACGGCUCAACAGCACCCAGAAGCAGCUGUCCAGCCUGAAGCUCGAGCAGGAUGUGCUGCAGAUGCGGUGCGAGAAGCUGGUCGAAGAGCGCGAUCAGCUGAAGCGCAUGUUUGAGAAAUCGAUGCUGGAGUUGCAGCAAAAGUCGGGUUUGAAGAACUCACUGCUUGAGCGGAAGCUCGAGUACAUCGAAAAGCAGACGGAACAGCGGGAAGCCAUUCUUGGGGAGGUGUUGUCGCUGGCCGGUAUCGAACCGCAGUCGUUGAGCGUCCGAAUUGAGAAGUUGUUGGUGCAGAAGAACGACAAGAUACAGGCGCUCCGGUAUGAUUUGGCGCGCGUGAGCAAGAUGUACGACGAUCUGCUGUCGCUGAUCGAGGGCAAGCUGGUCAAGUACGGUAUCACACUGAAGGAUCUCGAGCUUACCAAUUUGCGGCAAGAUAAGUGA